AUGGACGGGCCCCACAAGCGAGAGUUCCAUGUGCGCGAUUUGACCACCCGCUCCGUCACCCUUUUCCCAACCCGGGCUCAGGUGAUACGCGAGCUUAAAGAUGUCACCCUUAAACCUGGCCCCAACGAGAUCAUAGUGGUGGGCAUCACUCCUACGGCCGACGAACACUCCAUCAAGGUCGAGGGAACUGGGUCCGCCAUCAUCACCGACAUCACAGUCGAGCUGCUCCCCAACCGUGACAUCUUCCAGGAAAUCUACCCAGACUCGGAUUCGGAAUCCGAGAAGGAGGAGUCCGAGGACGACGAAGAUGACGACAUCGUCAAUGCUGCUCUGGAGAAGCUGCGCGACCAAUUGGUGGCCCUGGAUGACGAACAGAAGCGCGCAAAGGAGACCGUCGCCAGCGCCGAGAGCCGCCUGAAGAUCCUCGACGCCUACGGCAGGUCUCUGGACAGCAAGAAUGGCGUCGAUAUCGAGAAGAGCGUUGAAACCUACCGCAAGGAACGUGAAAAGGUCUUUCAAGACCACAUGGACGGCCUUGUCCAGGACCGCACCCUAACCAAGGAAAUUACCAAGCUGCGCCGUGAGGAGGCGCGCCUCGAAAAGCUCCAGGGCAAAGAACAGGAGAAGCUUGCCAAGGAAAAAGCCAAGAUCAAGAGGGCCAAGGAGAAGAUCAGGGAGAAGCAGCGGCGGCGCGACGAGGAGAAGAAGAAGGAGAAGGCUCGCAUUUGCAAGGAGCGCGAUCAGUUUUGGCCAAGGUCCUGCUACACGGUGAGGAUCAGCCUCGAAGCGGGCGCCGGCUUCACCCCGGGGUCGUCGCGUCGGAGUUCCGUGGCCAGCGUCACCGACGUGCAGGUUGUGUCAGACAAGCAGCCCAAAGAGGACGAGUCCAGCAUGGCCUGCGAUUUGACACUCUCGUACGUCACUUCUUCGGCCUUCUGGGCCCCAAGCUACGACCUGGCCCUGUCGUCGACGACCAACACAGCCACGCUUAGCUUCGAUGCUCGCCUGACCAACAUGACGUCCGAGACGUGGACCAACAGCAAGGUAAUCCUUAGCACUUCUCAGGCUAGCUUCUCUGGCUUGCAGGAUGAUAUUCCGACCCUCGUGCCGUGGCGUCUCAAACUCGCUGGAAGGGGCGGCGGCUCCUGGGACGUCACCGACAUUGUGCACAGCCGCGAGGAGCGGGCCGAAAAGGAACAAUGGAACGCUUCCCAGCACACCAAUGUGCAACAGAAGCCCCGCGCAGACCUGUUUGGCGCAAGCCAGGCGCCGCAAGCGGCCUUCCUCCACGGCAACGUGAAGUGCAAGACUGUAUCAGGGGGCCUCUUUGGAAAUGUUGCUCCUCCCCAACAAGCUGUUCUGCCGCCUCCCGCUCCUCCCGGCGUACAAGCGGCCGCAGCCCCUCUCGUCUCCAGAGCCCGCCCGCUCGCAAGAUCGGCCAAAAUUGCCGGGUUUGGUGGCAGAGGCUCAGCCGAGAGCGCCAGUGAGGAGCGUCGCUACCAAGCUGACCAGCACUCGGAGGACGAUGACGCCGACGGCCAAACCAUACUCGACCCGACCCCCGAAGUAACCUUCCAGGAGUCAUCCUUUGAAGAAACCGGCCUGACGGCGACGUACGACCUCCCCCACCCCAAGACCCUCAAGCCAUCAUCAACAGCGUCCAAGCAGCGCGUGGCGCGUAUCGCCUUCUCGCAGGUCACCUUCUCCCGCACCGUCGUGGCCAAGUACAAGCCGGCGGCGUACCUGCGCGCGCGGCUGCGCAACACGAGCAAGCUGACGUUGCUCAAGGGCCCCACCGGCCUGACGCUGGACGGCACUUUUCUGGGGAGGUCGACGCUGCCGCGGUGCAGCGCGGGCGACGCUUUCAGCGUUGCGCUCGGAGUCGACCCGGCCAUCAAGGUGGCGUACCCGAAGCCGGACGUGUCGCGCAGCACCACGGGGGUGUUUUCCAAGGGCGACAACUCGAUCUACACGCGGUCGGUUACGCUGGUCAACACGCGCGCCGCCGCGGGGAAGCCGGUCGGUAUCACCGUGCUCGACCAGGUGCCUGUCUCGGAGGACGAGAGGCUGAGGGUGGAUGUGCUGCAGCCGGCGGGGAUGGGGAGUGGUAGGGCCGUGGCCACGGGCUUGCCCGGGAAGGAGGGCAAGGAGGAGGCUGACUGGGGCCGGGCCACGGCUACGCUGAAGAAGGCUGGCGAGGUGCAGUGGGAGGUGGUGCUCAACGCGGGCCGGAGCGCCAAGUUGGUGCUGCAGUAUGAGGUUGCGUUUCCGACGGGCGAGCGGGUGGCGCAGGUUUAUUAG